AUGCAGACGCCCGUCUCCAUGGUGAUGGGCAUCGUCUUCGCCCCGCUGGGUCUGGUGCUGGUGUUCACGGCGGCCAUCACCCCUCAGUGGCGCGAGGGGCAGGUGCAGGUGCAUGUGGGCGCGGCGGGCAUCGGUGCCCUGGGAGGCGGCUUGGGUGCGGGCAGAGCGGGCAUCGCGGGCGAGGGCCUCCUCCUGCUGCGCUCCGACGGCCUGUGGGAGAGCUGCCUGCAGGUGGCGCUGUCGGAGGUGAAGCAGUGCUGGCCGGUGAGCGGCGCGUACGAGCGGGACAGGCGCGUUCGAGCCGCCCAGGGCCUGGUGCUGGCCUCGCUCUUCCUGUGCGGCGCAGGCAUCGUGCUGGCCAGCGUGGGCGUGCGCUGCUGGACCGACCUGCCCCUGCGUGGCAUCGCCGCGGCCGCCGGCGGGCUCCUGGUCGCUCUCGCCGGCCUGCUCAGCCUCGCGGCGCUCGGGCUCUACACGCACAACCUGCCCGCGCUGGGCAACGAGGAGCCGGCGGUCAGCGGCGGCGUCGCGAGCAGCUCCGUCCAGCGAGCCUCGUCCGCCCAGCAGCUGCCCCGCCUGUGGCUGCGUCCGGCCGGGUCGCUGUACUUCGGCUGGGUGGGCGGCUGGGUCCAGGUGCUGGGAGGCGCGGCGCUCAUGCUGAGCUUCAAGAGGCCGCACUGCCCGUCCUGCCCCAAGCAGCGCCCCCCGGUGGACAACACUGAGACCUACGAGGUCGCCUGCUGAUAGAGAGGAGGAUGCAGAGAGAAGAGAGAGAGAAAGAGAGAGAGAGAGAGAGAAGGAAGAAGAGGAGAGGAAGAACAGAACACUGGAGAACGAAGGACUACUCACAUAUAUUUACACACACACACACAUAUACACAUAUUUACACACACACACACACCCACCCACACACACACACACACACACACUCAGAGAAGUGACAGAUUAGCUGGGUGUUGUCAUGAAGGCAGCCCCUGUUGAAUGUCUGGCGGCUGGAGGAACCGGUCUGGUGCUGAGGGCUUAAGCCGGGAUAAGAGCAGAGGAUGUCGAGCGCCGCUCUCUUGGGGUGGGGGGGCAAGCAGGCAAACCCUGUAGGACUGAACGGCAGAUUCACUCAGACAAUGCACUGAAUUAGACGACUUAGAGGGCUGAAGUUUCUAUUCAUCGCUUUUGAAUGUAGAGGGCUACGACCUGCUUCA